AUGGAAGGCUGUGUUGCGCGCAGUCCCCACUGGGGCCUGAGGCCGCCGGGAGGCGAGGGGCGGGGCCUGUCCUGUAGCGCCGGCGCUGGGUCUCCGGGUCCACGCGGUGGUCUGCCCUCAGCCCUGGCAGGACAGAAGCCAUGGAGCUGUGUCGUGUGUCCAGAUGGUCUUUGUGGCUCCUCCAGGCCUGUGCUCCCAGAGCCUCGGUGGGACAGAGGAGGGUGGCUGGGAUGCCCUGGGGGAACGUCUGGCCCCCUGGCCUGCAGAGGCUUCUCCUCAGUGGCCUCCCGCACCCCUGAAGUGACUCUGACCCAGGAGCGCUAUCCUGUGCAGCGGCUGCCAUUCUCUGUGGUGUCUGAGGAGGACCUGGUGGCCUUCGAGCACAUUGUCCCUGGCAGGGUUGUCACAGACCCAGAAGCCACUGGAGGCAGCCACGUGGACUGGCUGAGGAUGGCCCGAGGCUGCAGCCAGGUGAUGCUGAGGCCCCGCUCGUCCGAGGAGGUGUCCCGCAUCCUCAGGCACUGCCACGAGAGGAACCUGGCUGUGAACCCACAGGGAGGGAACACGGGCUUGGUGGGAGGCAGCGUCCCUGUCUUUGAUGAGAUCAUCCUGUCCACUGCCCUCAUGAACCAGGUCACCAGCUUCGACAGUGUGUCUGGGAUUCUGGUCUGCCAGGCAGGCUGUGUGCUGGAGAAGCUGAGCCAGUACGUGCAGGAGCGGGACUUUGUCAUGCCGCUGGACUUGGGAGAGGGCAGCUGCCACAUUGGGGGCAACGUGGCGACCAAUGCAGGCGGCCUGCGGUUUCUGCGGUAUGGCUCCCUGCGGGGGACCGUGCUGGGCCUGGAAGUGGUGAGCAGUGACGGCACCAUCCUGGACUGCCUGACCUCCCUGAGGAAGGACAACACAGGCUAUGACCUGAAGCAGCUGUUCAUCGGGUCGGAGGGUACCCUGGGGGUCAUCACUGCCGUGUCCAUCCUGUGCCCGCCCAGGCCCAAGGCUGUGAACGUGGCUUUUCUUGGCUGCCCUGGCUUUGCAGAGGUCCUGCAGACCUUCAGCACCUGCAAGGGGAUGUUGGGAGAGAUCCUGUCUGCGUUCGAGUUCAUGGAUGCUGGAUGCAUGCAGCUGGUCCAGCAGCACCUCCACCUGCACAACCCAGUACAAGAGAGUCCCUUCUACCUCCUGGUCGAGACCUCGGGCUCCAGCGCAGAGCACGACACCGAGAAGCUGAGCUGCUUUCUGGAGCAGGUGCUGGGCUCAGGCCUGGUGACCGACGGCACCGUGGCCGCCGACGAGAGCAAAGCCAGGACUUGGAGUCCAUCUGACUGGCUGGGAGACCUGCAUGCCCUUGUGCGCCUGGUCACCCCGGAGGCGCUGUGGGCCCUGAGGGAGAGGAUCACGGAGGCACUGAGCCGGGAUGUAGUGUACAAGUACGACUUGUCCCUCCCUGUGGAGCAGCUGUAUGACCUGGUGGCUGACCUACGAGCCCGCCUCAGUUCGCUUGCCAGGCACGUGGUGGGCUAUGGCCACCUGGGGGAUGGCAACCUUCACCUGAAUGUGACGGCGGAAACCUUCAGUGCAGCGCUGCUGGACGCCCUGGAGCCCUAUGUGUAUGCCUGGACAGCAGGGCGGCGGGGCAGCGUCAGUGCCGAGCAUGGCCUGGGCUUCAGGAAGAGGGACACCCUUGGUCACAGCAAGCCGCCUGCUGCUGUGCAGCUCAUGUGGCAGGUCAAGGCCCUGCUGGACCCCAGGGGCAUCCUGAACCCCUACAAGACACUGCCCGCCCGGGCCUGAUGGGCCUCCCUGGUGGCACGCAGCGCUGGGGUGGGUCUGCCGCCUUGCAGCCCUCAGCACAGGGCAGGCAAGGUGACCCGUCCCCUGCUGGGGAGACCAGGACAACUCUGGGUCGAGGGUGUGGGGCUCUCAGGCAGGCCCCUCCUGGACACUGCCGCUCCGUGGGGCUGUGGUGGAGGGUGGGUUCCCCAUCCAGUCGGGUCUUACUGGUUCCACUUGGUCAGCCCGGCCCUUGGGAAGAGGGCCAGGGUGCAGGCCCCCGGGGGUGUGGGCAGGGAACCAUGUUACCACCAUGACCUGCAGUGAAGGGCGUGAGUGGACCCGGCUGCCAGGCGGAGCAGCCGGGCCUGGUGGCCCUGGUCAUGUCUAGGCCAUCCCCCUUUUCUCGAAGGCCUCAGGCUGGAGGUGCCCACAGCUCUGGUUCUGCUGCUUCAGGGAGUGUCAGGGCUGCAGGAGGGGCCCUGGCACAGAGGUGCCUGUGCCACAGGAGGCUGCCCACACUUACUCCUCUGCAGCCAGAGGCUUGAGCCGGGCUCGCUGGGCACCCUGUUGACCUGAGGCCCCUGGGCAGUCUGGGAGGUCGGACACAUUUUCUUCUGUCCAUUGUGAAUUUCCAGUAAAAAGUGGAAUGA